AUGAAAAAAGACGAGCAAGGCAAACUAUCAGCCAUGCAGCAUUUAAUAGCUUCUGCUGAAGGAGGCGCACUGACAGCUAUUAUGACAAAUCCGUUCUGGGUGGUCAAAACACGCAUGUGCACAACGACACACCACACUCCGGAUGCAUACACCGGUUUGUUAAACGGAUUAAAUCGACUCGCACGGGAAGAAGGUAUUCGAGGCCUGUAUCGAGGCAUGGUACCGGCAUUAUUUGGCGUUUCUCAUGGGGCCAUCCAAUUCAUGGCAUAUGAAGAAAUGAAAAUGUGGCGAAACGACAGACUGAAAACCCGUAACGAAUCUCCUGAAGAUGAACACAACGCCAAGUUGAGCAAUACCGAGUAUUUGAUGAUGGCUGCAUCAUCCAAGGUUUUAGCCACAGUGACUACCUACCCAUACCAAGUGCUGCGAAGUCGAUUGCAGGAUCGAACGACACGGGAUACAUAUACUGGUGUUGUGGAUUGUAUGAAGAAGAUCACUGCUGCAGAAGGAUACGUUGGAUUCUAUAAGGGCUUGGCACCGAACAUUAUUCGUGUGUUACCCGGCACCUGCAUUACGUUCCUGGUGUAUGAAAACUUGACACAAUACUUCAAGGAUCAUGCUACCUAA